AUGCGGAGACGCCACAAGCAAGGUAAAUCUUGUCCCUUCAGUGUCUUCUUGCUUAUCCUACAAGUGUUUGUUGUUUUGCUGUUUUAUCACGCGAUUGUGCUCGGUUGUGACUAAUUGUGUGCUGUCAUCGCGUGAACUCAAAUUUCAACUUGUCACACGCUGUAGAUUUCAGCCCGCGAGGUUUGCAGAUAAAUUUUCGUUAAAAUUCUGCAAAUUAGCGGCUGUAGCUUUGUUCUUUUAAUUUUCUAGGUGUUUUGUCGGCGCAUGGAAUGCGCUCGAUGUGGGAAUUUGUUUUUGUUUCCCAGUUCCUGCGGGUAUUCCAGGGGAAGUUUGGAUUCGUCAGCUUCACUGCCGAGGUGCGCGUUUUAAUGUAAAAACGAUAGUUUUAGCAAUAAAAUCAUCUAGGUUUGGACGCCCGCUUAAGUUGUCAUUUUGUUUUGCAGUUUUCCAUGAACGAGAAAUUUUAAACGAGAUUUGUUUUUUAUAUUUGUUGAUUAAACGUUCGCUCAAUUAUACAAGUUGACCGUUUGCUGUAUUUUUGAACGGUCGGGUUGUAAUCCUGCUGUUGAAUUGUGUUGACGGGUCGUCUUACUUUAACAGGAAUUAGAAAAUGCCUUCUUGGACUCUGAGAGCUUGACCCUGUUUGGAAUAUUCACAGAAUUGCUUCGAAUCCUACUUCCCAAACGGGAUGUAAAGUGGGUGAAGUAUAAACUUGAUAUAUUUGUGUGUUUUUCUUUAAUGACGGAAGCGUGUUACUAUUAUGGCGUUAUGAAAAACUCAGCUGAUUGGACUUGUUCGUAUUGUUCGUUUCUUGUUGAAGCAGUAAAUCAUUUUAAUUAUGCCACUCUUUUCUGCUUCGAAGGACAACGACCUGGCAAGAAGUCUUCAAAGAAGAACUCCAAAAUAGAUCGUCAGAACGGAGUCCCUUUGAUGAAGGAAAAAGCUACGAUGCAUUUAGGCCCGAGGAGAGAGUGAGUGACUUACUAACUUCCAUGUUGGGUUGUUGCGUCAACCAGCGAUGUGGUUGUCUAGUUUGGUGGCCUUUGGAGGUUUUGAUAUUGAUAAGCUAAAUACUGUUAACAGAUUUAAACCAAUCAUUUUCGCAAAUUGUGCUACAAAAUAUCGCUGAGUACCAGUAUUUUCUAAAUUAUUCCGCUUUUGAAGCGUUUCGCAAAUGGCGUUCGUGUCAAGGAUCCGAAACAGUUUACAUCCGCUUCUGCUAUCACUCUUAAUUCUUUGAGAUUAUUUUCAGCUGUAAUUCUCAUUUUAAGUUGGCAGUAACUUUUGCACAAGUCAGAGCUGUCCCUUGCGCUAAGGUCAAGUGGAAUGGAGAAAGAUAAUCCAUAAACUUCUUGCAAUUGGAUCCAAACGUAUGCGAAUGAAAUAAGCUCUAGCUUUGACUAUAGGUGGCCUUGAUGGCUAAACGAUAGCCUUUCGCGCUUUUAAUUUGUUAUUAAUUUCAUCCCACUCGUUGUCUGUUAUCCCACUCUGUCGUUAUGCCAUUGUUAACGUAUUGUCAGGACUGUUUUUAAUCUCAUUACAACUUUGGACUAUUGAAACAACUGUACUGUACAAAAAUCUGCUUGUUUGAUUUAUAGGGAGGAAAUUGUAAAAGAAAGGCGUUACCUACGUGAUAUUUUUCUGUAACAGUUAAGCUUAAUUGUUGUAAUUGUGAUUAUAGAUAGCAUCUUCAUGCACUUACAUCCACUUGCUGUAAGUUACUAAGACUGGAUUGUACAUUGAUUUUAUUGAUAGUUGUGAUCUGGUGACAUCCCCUUUAUACCAGGCUAAAAACGUUUUCAACGUAGAUGUAGCUAAAUUGGCUUUAAAAUUUAGUAACUGGCAUAAUAAGCGGACAGGGAACUCAUUUUUUACAUGCUGUUUCAGUUUCGUUAUAAACUUAUUACAAAUUCAUGUGGAUGCCAUCCAUGUGAAAUGUUUCUGAAGAAGUUGUGAUCACAAAUUUAGACUUUCCUCUGUCAGAAAUUUCAGUUACAAAGAAUGUGAAAGCACUGUAGUAGAUAUCUUAAUCCUACAGAAUCCAGGCUGGUAUUUACGUAAGUUACAGUAUGACGCUUUGCAUUUUUGUAUUUCACUAUUUAUAAAGUGCACUUCAAUAACUGCCAUUCCCUUUAGCUUGGUAGCCUGGCUGUAAAUUUUGAUCAAAUCAUUAAUUAAAUGCAAAUGAUAGACCUAGGGCACUUCCAUUCAACCAAAACGUCUGGUUUGAAUUUUUGUCAACUUGAAUGGAACAGCAUUUUUUAAAAUUUCCAAAAAAGAAGACAACCUUUGCAAGGUAUACCCAAAUUUUCGAAAAUUUUUACCCCGAAGUUUUCUUUCCAUUCAACUUUGCUCCUGGAAUUACUAGAAUUUUCUUUGAUGCUGUUUCCAAAUUUUCGAAAGUUUUGGUGGAAUAUAUGGAAAGCGCCACUGGAGUGCUUACCAUUUGUAUGGAAAAGCCAGUAAUUCUGGGGAGAACUCAGAUGGAAUGGUUCAUCCUGGCGGACGAAAAAUUUCAGUACUAUUUGUCCACAACUACCAGUGCCAGGCUAAUUCUGGGAAGACUGCAAUGUCCAAGAUGGACAGUUCAGGUGAUGAAACAUUGCAGGUCCAAAACCAUUAUUUUAUGAUGUGGCAGCUGUUCUAUUCUUGUUGCCAUUGUUAACAAACUUCUUGCAACUCAUCUGUACAUGUAGCACUCUAGAUGAGAAAGAUGUAAGGUUUUGGUCCUUGGUAUUUGUGUUUCAUUUUUUCAUUCAUGAUUCCUGUUGUUGAGCUUAAUGACACAGGAAAUCAGCUGCAUCUGAAACUUUUGAUCAAAUGAUAACUUUGAAUUUGUUCCAUGUUUCUUGGUGAGAAAAAGUGCAGUUCCGUUUGUCCAAAAAUGCACCAUAAAGUCCAUUCAAAUGGUAGGCACUCCUCUUUGGCUUGUUGUUUUGUUUUCCCAAUGUGUGAUUUUACACUGGAGAAUUGUUUCUCUGAUUCUUUUUUCUCAUUCAAGUGCACUGUUCCAAAAAUUGUUAAAACGACAAAGGGGUCAAAUUCCACUUAGAACUUCACAAGAUGUAUAUUAUAUUAGGAAAACAAAAUAAUAUGCAACCUUAAAAUAAGAGGUCUAUUUUGUGCUGCAAAUCACAUAGGCAUUCUCUGACAAAUAUAAUCUUAACUAAACUGAUUGUAUUAAUGGAGGGGGGUGAAUAGGGGUAUGCAAAUCGGCCAAUCCAUUAUGAUUUAUUAUCCAAAUCCGCCAUUAAAAUUUCAGCCUUAAUCUGAAAUCUGGACAACAAUAUAUGUUAAUAUUUUUAUUACACGUAAAGUCAAAAAUCUAGGCCCAAAAAACGGAUGAAUCCACAAUCUCUGCAGGAUCCAGAAAUCUGUGAAAAUCUCGCUUUAAAUCUGAAAUCUAGGCAAAAUAUUUUCAAAAUCCGCCGAUCCAUUGGCCUAUUCACCCCCUCCUAAUGCAAUGAAUUUACCAUAACAGACAGCAGCCAAUAUUGCUUACAUAUAUUAUUGACAAAUUAUUUAAGACUAAGUAUAUGUGGUCAAGAUAGCUGGAUAUUGGCCAAGCUCUUUAUUGCAUUUAAUUUCUGUGAACCAAGACAAAGUGGAGUUUCAUGACAUGGCCAAUAUACAGCUGCCAUCUUAAAAAAGAUGGCUAGUUAAACCUGUUGAGGUAGCCAGUCAGAACACAGGAUUUGCUUCAUCUUGGACCUUGCACGUCGACCUAGUCACAUAAUAAAAGAAGUAAAAAGAGAAAACCCCACUUCUAAUAAUGUUGAUUUUGCUCGUAUUAUGCAAAUACUUGUAAAGGUCAAACACUUUGCUCAAAUUCGUCAUUUCUCGAUGUACCCUAAACUUCAAUAACAGGCAUGUAAAUUAUUUCUUUCAGGAGCUAGAAAAUAGACAUAAAGAAGUAAUCAUUUAUCUUUGUUUCCCCAUAUCAUUUGUGCUAAUCUUAUAAAAAGCUGAUUUUUUGGCUCCAGUGAUAUUUUUUAUGCACUGUUCAGGGUUCUCAAUAGAUUUUUAAGUAGGAGGUGAUCACUGAUAAAGUAGGAGGCUCUUCAGCAAAGCCAGAGGUGUCAAAACAAAGCAAAGAAAAGCGACCUAAACACAAAGUAAGCGGCUAUAAAUCCCAAAGUAAGCGGCGAUCAAUCGCCGGGUGCCGCCUUCUAUUGAGAACCCUGCACUGUUGCCCUUUAUGCUGAUAAGAGGCCUAUUUUGGUACUGCAUGCUCCUCACUUGUGGUUUGUCUGAAGACUUAAUUGCAAUCCCUUUUGUAUCAUCUUAGUAUUAUUUAUUGCUAUGUUUUCCUCUUUGCAGAGGUUUCAGUAAGCACCAACAACCGACAAAAUGUUUGGUUACUUUAUGCUUAGAGAAGUGGGCUACUUUCCUUCCUUAAAAUUGAAUCUGGGAAUGAAUUAAAAAAGAAGAUUCUGUCAAAGCGUAAAUUACAAUUCAAUUUGAUGGAUGUAUUGAAUGCACUUUUACCUUAAUUUAAAAAAAAUGUCAAAAGAUUAGGUUUUAUUGCACCUUAAGUAUUCAUUCUGAUCAGUGGCUCAUUGGAUUGACUCAGUCUCACUCCUAUAAACUGCUCCACAGUUAUUUUGGAUUUAGUCACAUGGUAACUGUGAGAAAAUGUCUGGUUGCAGAGAGCAUAAAAGAUUGUCGCUCUUACUCUAGACUAGCUCAUGCUACUUUUGCAUUCUACUAAACUUAUAUUCAGAGUAUUUAACUUUGAGAGAUGUAAUAUUCAAAAUCCCCACCGUGAAUUUUUGGGAAAUCAAAAUCUACCAAGAUAUUUGCAAAGAAAUACAUGCUAUAGAUAUUUGCCUAUUGGAGGUGAUUUUUUUGGUGUACUGACAAACAAAAAUAAAGCAAGCAAAGGUUUAAGAAGGUUGUACAAUGUAAGUGGUUUUGAAUUGCAGACACUUGUGUCUUGUCUUCGAUAGGAUCAUAAUAAAACUUACUGCCGCCAGUAAUAAUGUAAUAGAUGCUUAAAAGGAAGCUUUAUUUAGCAGCUCAUAAAAAACAGGUGAUUUAAUUGAAGUGUCAUUAUUUCCUUUCAACAGAUUUUGCUUUUAAAGCAGUUGAUUGAUUAUCUGGCCGAAGGAGAAGAUAAGGAGUUGAAAGAGUUUGUUAAGGACUUCUUAAAUCCUAAUUCAUCGGUAAGUUCAGCGACAAGAAAGGAAUGUAGAUAUUAGAGUUUCUAGCUACAGACGAGAAAAGACAAGAUGUUGCAUCAUUUUACUGGCUCAGAGAUAGUAGUAGUAGCAGUAGUAGUAGUGAACUGUUAUUAUUAAUGUGUCAAGAAUCUCUAGCUCAUAGCACUAAUUGGUGACACGAGAUUUCGGAAAGUAGCUUAAUAAUUUGUACACUGUACACUUUCAAGUGUCAUAAUUGAACAUUUCAGAAGCUUUAUCAAACUUUAUACCACGGAUGGCUUUUCAGAAUUCCAAGGGCAAGGAGGGGGUUGCGGAGGUUCUUUGUCUUGGAAAUCUGAAGGCAUGAGGGGAUUCGCAAUUGGAAUUCUGCAGGCAUGGGGGAUUUUAGAUCUGGAAAUAUUUCCACCUGGGACAGACAAGAGUGUAUAAUAUUCCUUGAAAAUGCUUAUUUUGUGGACGUAAUCAGUUCAGAUUUGUGUGUUUCAAGGUUUGUUGCUUUUAAACUUCAGAGUUCGGGACAUGUGUUUUUGAAAAGCGCAGUUAGUUUUACCUCAGCUCUAAGUUUUUUAUCUUUUUUACAAUUAUUAAAACAUGGCAAGUGAAAUUGUUCCUAUAGAGCUUCCAAAUCCAGAAGAAACACAGAUAUGGGAGGGUGGCUGUUCCCUCCAACAUUUACUUUUGCAACUUCUGCUCGUUAUUGCUGCCUUUAUUUGACAAACACCAUGGAUGCUAUGGUAAUGGUUUGAUUGACAUCACAGCAAAACCCAAAAUGUUGAAAUGUUUUUGACUGUAAUGACAACGCAGGUUGAGGGUUCGCACAGUCUUGAAAAGUCCUUGGAUUCCAUUUUCCUUUGAAAAGUCCUUAAAUUUAAGUGCAAGUCCUUGAAAAGUGCUUGAAUUUUCUUCAACUUUGAAUGUAGUGGCGUGGAAAGUGUUUUUUGAUGCUUCAGGUUGUCCAAGACAGAAUAUAAAUCAUAGCUCAGAGAAUUUAAAGGUUAUUUACAUAAAAUGCUCAAUGUUUCAUGCAAUAAUUAAAUAGCAAGAAUUUAAGACAAGAAAACUGAAAAAUGUAGAGAAGUUGGUGAAGCAAACAGUUCAAGUGUUAAAGCCUUAUUAGAAUAGACUGGGAAUGUGCAUUUUUGUACAAUCUGUGAAAUUAUAUUCCUAUAGUAGGUGGUCCUUGAAAAUCUAAUGUGGUCCUUGAAAAGUCCUUGAAAAAUGGUUGCAAUUUUUGUAUGAACCCUGAGGUUGUGUGUUAUCCGAAACAGCUGUAACCUCUCUACAAAUAUUAAGUCCAUAAGAGCCACUAAGUUGCGUUCAAACUGUCAAAGAAACUUCUCCACAAUGACAUACUAACUGUACUUACUUACCUUGUUUUCUCAACAUUUUUGCUUUAGAUUUUCGUCUUCUCCUUUGUGGCAUAUUUUGGCUUUUUCAUUUAGGUUAAUUAACUAAAAAAAAUUUUUAAUUAAUAAAAAUGCUUUGUACCCUUUGUCCAAAAAAUUGGGUUCACCCUGCUGGCUCUGCCUUCGGAUAAGGGUUAGCUCUCUGUGUUUAUCCCUUGUAUCAGAGAUGCUUGACUCUAUUUUGAAUAGUCAAGGUCAGCCUUAACAUUUUCUUUUUCUUUCUUCAGAGAGUAAAACCUGUUGGUCGUGAUGCCAGUAAUAACAUUUAUUGGUAUUUUAAUGGUAAGUGGUGUCAUUUUCCAAACAAUUUAGGGCUUUGGUAAGUUUUUGGUACUCCCCCCUUUUAAAAGACCCAGGUUUAGGGACCUGUCAUUGAAAGGUUUAAUGGUUUUUAUUAAAUAUUAUUGCUUUACUAUUAAUAGAACUGGUUAUUGUACAUAAUGUAUUUUAAUGAUAUUAUUGUAUUGCAUAAAAUCUGCAAAGUUGUAAUAAACACUUUUAUUAUGUAAUUACUACAUGUAUAUACCUGAGAAAUUUACUACACCUAAAAGCAUGCAAAAGACAAGGGCGAAAGAGCCGCCUGGUUACCGACUCUCACCAAACUAUUUCCAAAAAUUCAAGCAGAUGCCUACUCCUGUUUGGGCACAAAAAAUGCUUUGUAUUAUUGUGCCCAAUUGGCGAACAGUUUCUCCUGAGUUCUUUUCGUGAGUUCGUACACAACAGCUAUUGUCUCAUAACACUUUCCCGGUGUGUUCACCAAGCUUGUGCGAGCAAGGGAAACUUUUACUUUCUACUUUCCUAACCAGAAGCAAAGGAACUACUGAUGAGUCGGAAAAACGUUUGGGAUGCUAUCAGCAAGAGCAAUCAAUUUGCCCCUAGAAUAUUCUGUUUUUGACAGAUCACAAUGUAUUGUGAAGUUAAGAUGCAGCGGCGAUGAGUAAUCAAAUAAGCACUAGCUUGAUAAGGCAAAACAAGAACUUGCACGUGCAUCACGCUUUUUUGUACAUUUCUUUGCCAUCAAUUUCACGUUCUGUGAAGGACGUAAACAAGCAAUGACAAAAUUCAUUCUCUUCAUGAACUUGGAUAAUUUGGUUGACAGAAAGUCAGCUCCAGAUCAAGAGUUUGCUUGCAUUUGACAAAGAAAGCGAGUUGGAAUAAUCACGAUAGAAACUGAAAAAAGGUGAAUUCACUUUUCCAUGCAACGUUUUCAUGGCUGUCAGCCAUCGUGGUAUCUUUUAAAAACUCCCUAAUAUUUACGCAAGAUGUGACUGAUGCAAGCAUGAAUGCCUGUUGUAAGCUGAAGCUUGUAUUUUUGGGAAAGUGUCUUUAGUUUUCGGGCAGACUAUUUUGAAAUCAGAUGGGGAUUUUAUAUCAAACUGAAAGUUUCCUGACUGUGUGCAUUUCUUUAGUGCGUGAGCAAGACAAGCCGUGAGCGAGACAAUAGCUUGCCGUCGAGUAUGAACACACGAAAAGAACUCAGGAGAUGUGUUCGUCGAUUGGGCACAAUAAUACAAAGCAUUUUUUGUGCCCAAUCAGGAGCCAGCAUCCGCUUGAUUUUUUGGAAAUGGUCUGGUGAGAGUCGGUACCCAGGGGCUAUUCCGUCCUUUCUUGAAAACUUUUGUCCCGCCUUUCCUCCUGACCUGACUGACUGUCCCUUGGACUCCGAGGAUGAUAUGUCAUCUUUCGCGUCAGGAAGCCUUAUUCUUUGUUGGGUCAUUGACCCGAGACCUGCUCUCAUCUGGAACACCAUCUGUUGAGGUUUUAGCUUGGUAAUAGGAGUAGUCUAGGUUUCCAGAAACAAAAAAAACUGAACACAACGUGUGAAUCACAUUGCAAAAAAGGUAUGAGUUCUACAUUCAAAGACGAGGUGAUGACGUGUCUGCGAUGACACAUUAUGACAUCAGAAUAAAUUAACAGCAGUGCAUAAAUAAACAGUUCAGUAACAAAGUCAUUUUCAAGACUGUCAUGCACUGGGAGAGUACCAACUGAUUAACAGCAUUUCAGUUGAAUAUUCAAUGAAACCAGUAGCAAGUUGUUCCUUACAGCAAACUUUUCUUAGUUUAAAACACUGUAGAUCUAUGUGAAACCUUUUUGUUCUAAAUGUAUGUAAUUUGUUUACAAAAUGAUUUGUCUCUGCAAAUUGCAACUAUUUUGAAUUUGUAGAAUUUAAUCAUCAAACGUGAGUUCUCCUUAUGUAGUAUAAGUGUAUUUUUUUUCUCCUGGAGCUGAAUUACUUUUUCCUCAUACCUGUCAUAGAUUCUGGGAAUAAAUAAAGUUGUUUUAAUUUGAUUUUAAUGUGUUUAUUUUCUUUCUUAUUAAAGUGGGAUCAUAGUUCACACAGAACUUUUAUAGAGUCUGAAAUAUUUUACAAUCUUAAAAUGAAGUGGAACAUUUUGCAUGCUUCAUUUAGUUUGCUUGCAAAAAUGCAGGGUUAUAUUUCUCUAAAAAAUAGUGCACUCAGACACUGUGUUGGAGUGUUAAAAUCCUGAUUCAAAUUACAAAAGCAGAACUAUUGAGUCUUUUUGUUAGCAGUCAAUCCUUCUUUUCUUGUUUUUUGUGUUUUUUUCUUCUGCUUUUCUUGUUAUUUGUUCAGAGAUAUUUUUUAAGCCAUUGUUUGCUCUUGCCAAACACUCUGUGAACAGGCUUUUGUCAUGGAAAUUUGUCAUGCAUUUGAGCAAUCCAAUUUGCAUACAGUUGGGCCUUUGGGAGGCUUUGUUGAUAUUGUAGCUUCCAAUGAAAGGAAGCGCAUCCCUAUAGCAGGUGACGGGCCAGUGGAUGAUCCAAUCACUGAACUUGUUCCUCAAGAGUAGUCAGUGUUUACACACUAUUUUUUGCUCUGUUCCAAUAGUAUCAAAGCAGCCACAUUGUUCUUUGGGGUUGUUGACAAGAUUCAAAUUAAAAGUCCAUUGUAUGAGUACAAGGAGAAUACAAUUAGGCUAAGUCACAUGUCAGAACAAACAACAGAAAGGAAUAAAUGUUUCAUGUGGCUUGCAUGUUUUGCAUAUGUUUUAAAAAGUCGUUUUAAGGGAAGAAUUGAAGCUCAUGGCUUUUUCAGUUGGACUAUUUCCAAAGUGGUUUAUGGUUGCACUCUAAAAUGUAGGUAUUGUUAUCUUCUUCAAAAAUGAAAGUUCUUUUACUAUAUGUGUGGGUUAGAUUUGAUAGCUGAUUCUUGUUAAGCUUGUAUUUUGCUCUGCUGGCUUUGUAGUAGAAUAUAUAUUUUUAAUUUAGCAUAAUCUAAACUUAACUUGAUUUAGUAAGUUUGAGGACUUUUAGGCUCUGUGACUUGGCUGUCAGAAGGGACAUGCAAAAUGUGCUUGUAACAUGUGUGAAUGAGGACUGACAUGCUUUGUCUCAGCAUCAAAGGUCUUUCAGAAUUACAUCCUGGAAGAAGUUUGAAUAUUUAUAAAAGCCCCAGUAGUUUUGUGACCAGCCAAGCAUGAAUUGUUUACAUUGCUAGAACUUGCUCACUGAUGAAAUUCUUUCUGAGGAUUGUGUAGCAGAGAGUCAUGGUUGUUACGUUGGAAAUGCCUUGAGAAGCAAACUUAGUCUUUUUUGUUUACUGUUAAACUUAUUCUUUAUGGCAUUUACAGGCAUUCUGGUCUGAGUGCCUUUGUAGUGGAAUAUCUCUUGUUAAAAGUGGAUCAUCUUGUAAUUACUUAAAUACUCAAAGAUGUGACAGCAGUUUUGCUCUGCAAUAUAUAAUAAUCCUGUUUAAUAGUUCAAGAGGGUAUUUCCGGAACUUAGACAUCACAGCUCACAGAUAAACAUAUCAGACCAGUUUAAUAUGAAGUUGAUAUCCGUUUUUGUUAGUGUAGAGAAGUGAAGUUUCUCACCAUCCUAGACCAGCAUUAUCAUAAUCAUAAAUAUGCAUAAAACUCACAAAUUCUUAAGGAUGUGUUCUGUUGUUCAAGUUCUUUUUAGUUUCUGCUUACAUUAUUUUAUAAGGUCAUUUAGAGUAGUCAAAGUGAGACUAUUUCUGGAAUAAUCUUACCACCAUUGAAAGUGUUCUUGAUUACUCGCUUGUAAGAAUUAAAGUUAAAUCCUAGUCAUAAACUUAACAACAAUAAACAUAUUGAUUUACAAACAUUUGUAAAAAGUUUAUAUCUGUAUAGUGCAGUUAUGGUAGAUUAAAGUGCGACUUUUCUUGGAUUCUUAUCACUGGCUUUGUUUGGUACAAUUUUGUAAAUAAUUUUUCUUGCCAAAAAGCCUAAUACCACUCAGGGGAAAUCUCUGAUAUACUGGAAACACUGUGUCUCUAGUAAUCUCUCCAUAACGUUAACAUACAUGUUUGUCAUCAUGUAAUAUAGCGGGGGAUGGAAUACAUUAUAAUGUAACAUUACCCAGCUUAAUGCAUUAAACGAUAUUUUUAUCAAUCCUUACCCUGUAGUUAAUGAUGGCCAAUGAAAAGGAAGAUAAUACAAUUUCCAAAUUUCUUUCUGUUAAUCCAAAGAAAUGAAUAAUGCCCUGCAAAAGUUCACUGUCAAGGAGUUUUCAUUUAAGGCAGUGACAACUUAGGAUUUUGUCCAUAGAUUCAAAAGUAAGCUGAUGAGGUGAUCCAUUAAAAAAUAUAUAUCAAAAAGGGUCAAACUUUUUUCAGAAAAAAACCCCAGAGAUUUGUGGUAUAUAACCCUUCUUCAGUGUAUUUAAUGAAAACUGCUUCCUGACACUGAAGAAGGGUUAUGCACCUGAAAAGUCUGUUCAUCAGCUUACUAAGUACACUUCAUGCUUACCAUCUACCAUUCAUUUUAAAGUAAGCGUAAUGAAUCAUCCAGCAGUGAAGGGUUUAAGCUGACCAUUCAUUGAAGAAAGCAUAAUUUUGUUUAGCAAAUGUUUAUGGUCUUUUUGUUCAUAACACCUGAAAAUCUUAUUUUUCCAGAUUUAAGACUUUACCGUGAAGUUUUAGGAAAGAAGGGACGCCGAACAGGGUGAGUAUUUAUCUUUGUAAAAUAUCAACUUAAUCAAGACAUCAAGCUAGAUCUGGAUGAGGGAUCAAUAUAAUCCAAAAUCAGCCUGAUCUAUCUGUCUUUAGUUAGGAGUGGUUUUCAUGGAAUGGUUGUAAAAGUAAAACAAAUCAGUUGCAGAAACCACUCACUUAGUUUAAAUGCCAAUGUAUUAAGCACAACAGUACUAGUCUUGAGGACACCAUUUUAGCAUCUCUUACUGGAGAUGUGGAGAUGACCAUCUUGUGUAUACGUAGUCAUCCAAGCCACAUUGAGGACACUAUUUUAGCAUCUCUUACUGGAGAUGUGCAGAUGACCAUCUUGUGUAGUCAUCCGAGCCACACAAGGUCUAGUCAUUUGCAGGGCAAAGGCAAAAUCUUCAUUUCUCAGUUUUUUUUUUUUCAGACCCUGAAUAUUGGUCCGGUCCCAGGGAUCUUACCUGUGACCUCCUGCUGUCAAAUGCUUUAAAUCAUUUCUGCAAAGCAAAGUGAAACUUUAUGUAAACAAGUUGGCCCAUUGAUUCAGUAUUUUAUUAUCAGGUAUCUAUAAGGGCCCUGCAUCUAUAAUUUACAUUUAAAGGAUGAAAUUAAGUUCUUUAAAAGCUCAAGAUUACAAUAGGAAACCUAAAACUAAUGAACUAAUAAUUAUCAGUGUUUAAGUUCAAGAAGAGGGGUAUCGAGAGUGCUUGGGGGGUGGGGGAAGGGGCGGGGGGGCAAACACUGUCCUAUCCCAAAGAAAAAUCAGGUAAUACAGUACUGGAAUAAUGAAAGUAUUGACCAAAGGGCAAAAAUGCCACAUUCUGCAAUAUCAUGAUUUGUGAUUAAAAUAACGGAAAUCAAGCAUUAAAUAAUAAUCUAACUUUACAGGGCUGCAAACGCUCCUAGAUGCCCCUUGUUACUGUCAUACACAAACGAUCACUGUUGGGCAAAAACCUGGCAAAAUGUUAAAAUGGUCAGUGUAAGAUGUAGCCUGUAGCUCAUCGCCACUGAUGUCCCUCAGUGGUGAUGAGCAAGGAGAAACCAGGGGUGGCACUUGGGUAUUUUUUGGGUGGGUAUGUGCCGCCUGGGACUCCAAAUUGGCACCCCGUUCUAAAAAAAUUUCCCCUAAAAUUAAUACCCCAUGCUAGAAAAUUAUGGGCCAAUUUUUUAUACCCCAUUCUAGAAUUCACCCGAAAACUGAUACCCCGUUCUUGAAAUGGGCCAAUUUUUUAUACUCUGUUCUAGAAAGUUUGUAAAUUGAAAUAGCCCUGUUUUUAUAUAUAUUUUUAUAAGAUAUUUCUUUAUUUGUUCGACUUAUACAUCAAUUAAAUGCUUCUUCAUAAUCGUCCGGAGUACAUUUCCUGUUCAUGUGGAUACAAUGCGGUUAAUUAUGACGCAAAAUCUCUCACCAUGCAAAGAACCACGCUUGUAAGCUAACAAUUUCCCUUCUCCUCCCCCGUCCCUUUCUUUUGAGCCUGUCUCCAUCUCCCUCGGGUACAUUAUGGACUCGUUUCAGACUUGCGCGCCCCUAUUUAUCCAAGAUGGCAGAGUCAGCGCUCGCGGCUUGCGCCAAAAUACGCCCGCCCUGCAUGUUAAAACACAGGGUGCAACAAGAGUACAACGGUUUGCUUGCUAACACAUUGAACCAUAUUUUUAAAAGCAAUCUGUCCUUGAAUAAUUUCAAAUGGCUGCUUUAUACAAAACUGGAGCUUUUGUACGCUCGAAAUAUUAUACCCUGUUCUAGAAAACGCCUCUGAAAUGGAUACCCCAUUCUAAAUCAGGAGCUUCAAAAUCAAAACCCUAUUGGGCGGCACAUACCUGUAUAGAUAAUGGAUGGGAGUACCCCUUCCCCCCCCCCCGGGGGGGAGAAAUGUCUGACAUUUGCAUUUGUAAAAUGUAUCUACCUCUUAGAAAGCCUUCCUGUACAAACAUUUAGAGGAAAGAUCUUGUUCUUAUGCCUACUAUCAAAGUGAAAACUAUACUGGUUUGUUCCUGGGGACUGGAGCAAUACUCAAGUUCUCCAAAUAACUGAGGAAUGAAGGAGUACUGCCUUUGACCCGCAAAUGGCUCGGCCUUCCCAUGACUUGAAUGAGCACAUAGAAUGGCCGCUCCAUCUCCUGUAGGAGAUGUAAAUCGUCCAUUAUUAGUAACUGUGCGCUAAAUUCUUUAACACUCAAAUUAAGUGCGCUUUUUACUGAAAAGUAUAUGAAGUUUGAUGAAGACGAUGAUUUGUGUAAAGGCUGCAAGUUAUUUCAAUACAUUCACUUUAUUUUGGACUACCUAAAUCCGAUUUUUGUAUGGUAAACAAAUAUUACUUACUUUUCAUGUAAUUUUUGUCAUGAAGGAAAAAUAUUUAAGUUUUUUGGGGUGUGUCAAGUCUUAAAACCUUUUGGUCAAACAUUUUGUUCUCUUAUUUGAAAAUUCAAACUCCAGCUGCAGUUUCCAGAUCAGCAAUGUAUACGAUAUUAUUAUCUACCCAAAGUCAUAAAUGGAUAAUUAUUUAUAUUUCUCUAGCUGUGCAUGAUAAUUGCAAACAUGCUGUUUGAACAAAUUAAAGGCAGUAUAAAUAUACAUUAGAAUGUGAAUGUACAUAUCCACCAUAUUAUUUUGAUCUUUUAAAACUCUUAUUCAUUUAAGAAGCUACUGAUGCUCAUAAGCUUGUAGGAAGGAAAAAACUAUGAUCUGGAAAACAAUUGUGUUGUAAAGAGAAAAAUAUGGAAUAUUAGCAGUAUAGUAGUUACUUCUCCGAAUUUUAUUUUAACACUUUACUAUGCAAACAAACAAUGAUGAUGUUUAUGUUUGAUGGGAAUAGCUGUACCAUAUAUGGCAGGUUGUGUAUUAAAUUUCCAUUAUUGUGAUUUGCCAAGAAAGAGAAAUUAAAUAAACCAUGAAGCUGUUAUGUUAAUCAGCCUUUUCAACCAGCUGGUGGCUCCACAAAUACUAAGUGUAGUGCUGCCAUGUGAAGCAUAUUUAAUGAAGGUGUAUAACCUGAACACUGUUAAGUCCUCUCUUGUCUUUGGCACCUUUUGUUCAGAGGCUUAAAUUCAAUGAUCAAGACACCUCACCAGCAAUGGGUAUCAAAAAUGGUGUCUUCUUGAACUCAUAAAGUUUUGUUUUGGGUGAAAUUUUUCAGACGAAAAGUGGUUGCUGGGAGUUCUGAGUAGCUGAUGUGGUAUUUUACAUAUGUUUUGUUUUUCAGCUGGGAGACUGUGUGUAUAAAUUGCACCGACUGGGAAAACCUUCUGAGGUAAGAAAUUGUGAGGGUUUUUAAAGAGUUCUUGUUUAGCUGUUAUCGAGAACUGGUGAGGUUGUAAAAGUUCAAGCGAAGAUUAUUUUAAAAUGUAUCAGUAAAUGUAGUUAAUUGUUCGGUGUGCAAGUCAGUUUAUUCAUAACUGCUCAUGGUGUUCAUUCUUUCACUCACAUGUGUAGAGUAUGAUCACCCUCACUGUGUGAAUUUGUACUUUGAGUUGAAAUUGGGAUUUUUUUAAAGUCAAAAGUGUGAUGCAUCCAAGGCUGCAUUAAUGGUAGACUCUCUUCUCAAAGUAGAUCCCUGCCAAUCAUUUACCUCUUUUUGGACAGUAUUCAGAAAAGUUUAUUUUCACUGUGAAAUGUUGACUUGUAAGAGGAUUUAUAUUUGCUCUUAAAUGAAGAAAUUUGUUUUGUUUGCAACGUGCUGAAAAAGGAUGCUUUUUUGUCAGCGGUGGGUGCAUGUAGUUUUCUUGCUGUUCUUUAAGUAUGAUAGGUUGUCAAAAGCUAAUUUAUUCACCUCACAAGACCAAAUGGGAAUGUAUUUUAUAGCUGUCUUUAAGUACGAUGGCUUCAAAUAAUUUUUCUUUGGUUGAAAAAUUUAGCAGCCAGAUGAGUUUUUGUUUUCUUUUAUGGUCCUGAGAUUCGAUCAUUAUAAUCCAAACUGGAGAUAAAGGAAAACAUAAAUUUGCGUUCAACUAUGUUGGACAUUUUUAAGCUAACCAAUGAUUUAAUUAACAUUUUCACCUUCUUUGCACCUAAUCUGCCUAUAAUUGUCAUGAAUGUGUUUGCAAGCAGUUAACAUUUAAACAAAAUCUACUGGAAUUUGUGAUAUUUACUUUAACUCAGUGUAAUUGUGUACAUGUUAAUACAAUAAAAGAAGGACAUGGUAUUUUUUUUUAACUGCAGAAGGCAUGACCUACUUAGUAGUGUAUUGCUGCUAUUCAAUGAGUUAGCAUAUUUUACAAUACAUGACACCUGAUCCACUGUGAUUGAAUUGAAAAAUGAUCAACAAAUACUCAACGCUCCCAUUCAUACUAAUAUUUUUUUUAAAAGACAUGGUAUUUUCUCUGCAAAUUUUUGAGGUUUUAGCUAGCGAAGCAGAAAUUCAAGUGUGUUUGUUAAAGAUUUUAAAAAGAGAAAUUAAUUGACUAUGAUGAAACGUACGUCAUUGAUAUUAAAAAAAGUUGAAUUAGCAAAUAAGUAAUAACCAAUUCUAUGAAUAGAUGUGCCAUUAAAUUCUCUAUAACUAUCAAUUUCAAUUUUAUUGUCAUUAGAUGUAAUAAUAUAUUGUUAGAGUGGUUUUCGUUUGAGUGUCGUAAAACCAAAACCAAAGUAAUUACUCUGGCCAAUCACAUAGGACACAGACAAUACAUUGAACCAAUCAAAACUCGAAGUAAUUACAUGUGGCUGACGCAAAGCGUGGGAAAAUGCAUGCGAGCGCGUCACAAUUGGCUUUGGUUUUACUUCUGAUUGGAUGAAAAGGUGGCGCAAAUCUUUUAAGCCAAUCGCAUCGUGUAGAAAGUGCAAAACCAAUUACUUUUCGACACUCAAAUGAAAACCGCUCUAUAAUGAAACUAUUUACUAACAUUAGAAUUAUUAGAGGCAAACUUCCAUUUAUACUACUUCUGUAAUUAAGCAGCAGCCGCCUCUUAUAAGCAACCACCCAUCCAGAGCACCAAAAUUUCCCAGUCAGCGCCUUGUAUUUGGGAUCCAUGGUUUGGUUGAUUUUUAUGCAAUUAGCAAUUCCAGCUGUGCCCAUCCCAUGCCCCCCUCCCUUGGAUGGCAAAUUCUUGAGGGUGGGGACACUUGAGCUGCCAGUGGUGGGGACAAAGAAAGAGGGCGAAAGCCCUGUCCUUAACAACACUGCAGCAGUUUUAAGCGAUCAGUCAGUUGAUUAGUGCCACUUGAAGCAAACAAAAAGAUAUAACAAAGAAAUCUGACUAAUUUCAUAGCCAUUACAUGUUAUUUAGUGUGGUGGCAAAAUUCCAUGAAAGCAGUUGCAGCUGUAGUCAGGUUGAGAUCAAGUUAACUUUAUAAAAAAUACUAAUCUAAUGUUGUUCCUUAUGAACAUUUGGAGUGUAUUAGUACAUGUGCAGGUUUCUUUUGUUUAUCAAUUACCUGUUAGCACUUUUAGUGUUAUGUAUAUAUUUGUGUAUGUUAUAUUUGACUGACCAUAUUUAAGAUGUUAGUAAGCACUUGGUGCAGCAGAAAUGUAAACAGCUCAUUUUCUUAUGGGCUGCUGUCUACACACACAUUUUUCUCAUUUUCUACCAAUGGUCAUUUUAAUAACAAUAUGUAUCUAUAUGUAUGUGUAUGUCAGCUCUUCCUCUAUCUCCUUUAAAAAGCACUUAAGGCAUUUAUUAGUAAUAACUAUUAGUAUAUUAGGUAACAGCAUGAUUUGUAGUGAUAUUUGGCAUAAAUACCUUGACUGAUAUUUCGAAAUUGUUAUGCGUAAUUUCACGAGCUGUUAGGUGAGUGAAAUUUGGGACAAUGUCGAAAUAUCACAAGUGGUAUUGAUGCCAAAUAUCAUGUAAAAAUCAUGGUAUUAUUUGUUUAUACUACUACCCGCAGAGGUUUUGUAAUUUUCACAUGUAGGUAUUUCAAAUUAAGCUGAAAUACCACUGCUUUAAGGCAAUCAUUUCUCAUGUAGUAGUAUGAUAACAAAAAUCUGGAAGAAACUGUGUAAUAUUUAUUGUAAUAUUUUUUUAUAUUUUUUUAAAUUUCUUUAUUGUACUUUCCUUUUGUUAAAUAAUUGUCUCCAUUGUCAUAAUAUUUAUGUCAUCUGCGGGGUGCAAAAAAAAUCAGUUUUACAGCUUGCCAUUUGGGUGAGCUGUCGCUUAAGCAUGUACCAGCCUGAAAAAAAUUAAUGAGCAGCAGGAUUGAUUGCAGUUGCAUGGUCUUGAUAACUUAAAAUCCCCAAAAAACUUCACUUGCCCAUAUGCAUAAUUUGGGCAAGUUAAGAACAGAAUUCACUAGCCUGAUUGAAUAAUCCACUAGCCAGGGGGUAUCCACCACAGUUACAUGUACUUUCUUCGCAUGCUGCAUCUAAGAAAAAUUGUAACUAAGGAGGCCUUAUUAAAAUAAGCUAUAUAAUUAUAUAGUUUGCUUUAGGCCUCCUCACCAUUAUUUCUCUACACUAAUUUUGUGUCUUUGUUCUUGUUAUCAUUUAUCUGAGUGGCAAAUUAACAAAAUACAAAUAUGUAGAAAUGCAGGGUUGCCACAGUCAGGGAAAAGUCAGGGAGAAUAUUUGAUAUCUUCAAAGUCAGUGAAAUGUCACGGAAUUAUAAUAUUUUCAUUGCGCAUUAAAUCGGGUGAAAAGCAUAAAGAGUGUGAAAGUGAAGGCAGGUCGUAUUGAUGGUCUACCAAGAAAGUUGGAGCAAACGUAAUUAUUUUACAGAGGUCAGUGAAAAGUCAGAGAAUAUUUUAGUUUCUGAUGAGUUGCAACCCUGAAAUUUCAGUUAAUUUUAAUGUCUAAUUAAUGCAGCAAGGUAAGGAAAUGAACAUAAUUUAACUGUGUUUCACGGGUAUUUUAUUGAUGAUUUAUUUGUUUCAACAGUACCUUUCAGAAGAGUAGUAACAGUAAUGAGAAAAAGUUGUACAAAUACUUGAAGAAUGAGCUCUACCCAUCUGUGAUGCCAACAGUUAAGGUCAGCUAUAAUGAGUUUGUUUAAACAGCCAUUUUUUGUAGUUACGGGUUAUGCCUCUUUAAUCCAAAAGUAACUUCCCUGGCAGUUGCUGAAACAAUGGAUAGCGCUAUCCACCGUAUAAAUCAAUAUCCAGUGGAUAAGUAUUAGGAAAACCAAUUGCGCAAUCCAGUGGAUAGAGAUUUAUCCAAUGGGUAGUGUUACCCACCUUUUGAACAAUUACUGGGGCCAGGUAAAUUACUAAUCCAGUGGUCGACAAGUAUAAGCCAAACCAAUGGUGUUAUCCACUGGAGAGAGAUUUAUCCAGUGGUAGCACUAUCUACCUUUUGAGCUGUUCCCGUAUGGCAAACAUACCUGAAUUUCUGGCGUCUAAAAUUGAGAGCAUUCAAAAACGGGCUAUGCGUAUCAUUUUUGCUACGUGUAGUUGUGAUGAGGCAUUAUCUGGACUUUCUCUCACUACAUUAAAUGAGAGAAGAGUCCACUUGUGUCAGGUCUACAUUGCAAGAUUACAGAAUGAAAACCACCCGUUACACUUUAUUCUCCCUAAGCUUCUCCAUGAGCCCCCACGCCAAUGGAACUAGGCACCUGUCACACUGAUUUAUCAGUGUGACAGGUGCCUAGUUCCUUUGGAAAAAUGAAGCGCGGGAGGGAUGGGGGUAAAAGAAUGAUCCAAAGACUAAACAAAGAGAGUGCCCGCCAGGAAAACGUUGUACUAAGUACAUUGAGGUAAUGAAGCAAGGCCAACUGCACUUGAGCCAAAUGACUGACUGUUGACCACGCCCUCGCUCCUCAUUUUUAACUGUGUUAAAUAAAUUUAACUUCAUUAUAAUUAUUACAGUGGUAUCACAGGAAAUUAAUGGCUUAUCACGCUCAUGGCCUGAAAGUUCUAUAUCCACUACUUGAAAAAAUGUUGAGGAGAUGUGCACCCAGGAUAGCCACCUCUUCAUUCCCCUAUAAUUUUACUUCUAUUUAGAAGUAUAGCUGUUAUCUAGUAGUUCUAAAUGUGCUUUGUGAAUACUUGAAUUUUCAGGAAAAUGAGAAAGAAAAGAAACUGGAGACUGUAACGAAGGAGAGCCCCAUAAAGGCUCAUCACAAGGUAUAAAUUAUUUACAGGACUCAGCUAACACUGCUAUUUGAUAGCUGCCUUAUUAUGUCCUUGUUCAGUUAUGCUAUUGAAGUCUGGGCCUCAGGGUGCAAAGAAAAUCAUUUUUGCAGCUUGCCAUUUGGGCAAGCUGAAGCUAGCAUUUACUAGCCCAAACGUCAUUUCAACUAGCCCAAACGCUUUGUGACGAGCAAAAUUGAUUUCACAGUUCUUCUAUUUGAAUUCCUCCCAAAAAACAUCACUUGCCCAUUGGGCAAGUUAAGAACCGAAUUCACUAGCCUGAUGGCAAAAUCCACUAGCCCUGGGCUAUGGGACACUACUUUCUUUGCAUGCUGGGGCCUGUACUUAUGAUUGUAAAUACCUUUCUCAGAUACAUAGGUUUUUGAAGUGUGCAGUCAAAUAUGGCUAUACUGUUAAGUUCACUCCUAUAACUGAUUAAAUACUAGAAAGAGAUUUGGAGUUAUGGAAGAAGGUGACCAUUGACAAUCACUGUUUAAAUGAUCUUCCCCCCAUGAAGCGUAUGCGGAAUCUACGAGACAGGGUCAUGAUUAAGUUUUGUCACUUGUUAGGACUGAAAGGUUCAAGCGAUCACUGAGUGUGUAUAUGCUAAUUUAGUAUAUAUUAUUAUGCGAUUAUUGUGAAGUAUAUGAAAUAAUUCAUUUUUGAACUUUGGUUGUAGAUGAAAGUGAAGAAUGAUCAUCGCAGUAAAUUUUCCAAUUUAAGCAAUUGGAAAGAAGAAGCCUGAAAAAAAAUCAGGGCUUCAACGGGAUUCGAACCCGUGACCUCCGCGUUGCUGGUGCGUUGCUCUACCAACUGAGCUAUGAAGCCACACAUUGGGAGCGAGGUCAAUUUAUUGAGUUCAUAUCUCCCAUGAGGAGUGAAAUGAUGUGAAGUAUAUGAAAUAAUUCAUUUUUGAACUGCGGUUGUAGAUGAAAGUGAAGAAUGAUCAUCGCAGUAAAUUUUCCAAUUUAAGCAAUUGGAAAGAAGAAGCCUGAUUUUUUUUUCAGGCUUCUUCUUUCCAAUUGCUUAAAUUGGAAAAUUUACUGCGAUGAUCAUUCUUCACUUUUAUGCGAUUAUUGUUAACUCACAUGUACGCUUGUGGGUGUUAUUUUCAAUAUUAUUUUCAUCAUCAUCAUUAUAUUGAACAGAAAUACUGCUUAUCUUAAGUUAUUUAAGUAUGAUUAUUUAACAAUUAUUCCUCGAGCCUGAAUGGGCUCUGAGUCAAUAGCGGAGGAAUGGGCUAUAAACUCAGAGGCCAUGAGGGCGAGAGGAAUAAUUGUUCAAGUAAAAUCCGACUAGCUGGUCAAAAAUAUUGAGACAAAACAUAACUGCUGGUUGGUUAAAGCUAGACUUAAAUCCUUUUUUUGGCACCAAAAAGCCGGCACUUUUGCUACUAGUGGACUAUAACAUAUAGCCUAGUAGUAGCUCAACCAAUCAAUCUUAUCUCAGACUUUUUAAUAAACAACUUUAGGGAGCCAGGACGUUUCGAACCUGUGAAACCUAAGGUGUCCAAAAUCUUAAGUUUUGUAACCUGUAAGUAAUAGGAUAGGCCGCUGGAUACUGCGAAUAUACAGUCCAGAUAAACAUGAAGUUCAAACACAUCCCUCCUCCAACCUGCUGGGCUUGAAAGACAUUUGUACUAUUGACAAAGUCAGAUGAAAUUAAUUUACGGUCUUUCCAUGAGGCCGAGGCUAUCAGGCAACACUUUUUUGGUGCCCUGUAUUGGAACUAAAUAAUCUUACGUCUUAUCCUGCUAGUGUACAGUUGUACUAAAUCAUGAUCAACCUAUUUUUGUGUCACUUUUCCAGAUCUCUUCAGUUCUGUAUAUACCUGUAACUGCUGUAUUUAUUUAUUAUUUAUUAUUUGUGUAUUUAUUACAGGUAGCUUCCAAACGUAAAACAGAUAAAAAUGCUGUUUUGAAAAAAGAGGAAGAGAAGAAGGAAACAAAGGUAUAUUCUGUAGCUGAAAAAUACCAGUACAUGUGUGCAAAUUUAUUUAUUGAGGAAGCAGUGUGGGGACAUGGCUAGGGCUAGGGUUGUCCACAUUUUGCCAGCAUAAUUUUGAGCAUAAUAGUGAGGCAAAAGAAUUGAGCAUUGUUGUGGAAUAAAUUUGUAACUUGUCAAAACGUUGCCAAACAGUAAGAUUUCCAUGUGAGAUACCAGCUUGUGUAACAAUUUUAAGACCAGGCCUGGUUAGAAAUUUUUUAAAAGCAAGUUCCAAUUCUGCAACAUUUGUCAGCGGACUCCUUAGAUGAGUCAUCUGACAAUCGAGCAGGGAAAAUCAUGCAAAGAGUAGUCUUACAUUAAUUAUUAUAAUGGAGCAUAAAAAGCGAAGACAUUUUUUGGUCUAGAUGAAAGAAUUAGCAUUAUUGUGUGAAACAUUGAACAUCAUUUGGACAGCCCUACUUAAGGCUCUGUACAUUCAUACGAAAGGUCCUAAGUUUAAAUCAGGUCUGAUUAAUGGCUAGCCUGUAGAGCAGACAUAUACUGUGGUAAAGCACUCGUUAACUUCUCUCUUUCCCUCCCUCCCUGUGUGUAUGGUAUCCAUCUCUGAUUUUGACAGGAGUUGAAGGUUGUGGAUAGAGUUGAAAUAGCGAUUUGUAGUGGGGGUAGGGGGUAGGGGAUAUGAUGCUUCUAUGUUUGACUUAUCCCCUACUUAAAAUAACCCCAGUUGGUGUGGUAAUAUAUGAAAACUGAACCACGUACACAGUUUAUGUUCAGUACAAAGGCUGGGGCGAUUGUAUGGGAGGGGGUUUGCAGGGGGGAUGUAGCUUCCACCACCUUCCCUUACCUUCAUCAUUCAUUGGAGUGCUGCCUUUUCUUCUCUUGCACCCUUGUCACAGUUUCUUACAUUGAUGGUACAGGUUUUGUGAGAACUCUUUGUUACGUCUAUUAAAGCUCUUUUCUGCUCUUUUCACUUAUGCAACAAGAUUGCAGCAACAGAAGAUAAGAAAAGUGCACCGUCAGAACAAGACGAGGAGGACACGACAGAAGAAGACCAAGAGCAGGAGGAGGAGAUCUCAGACGCUGACGAAGACUUUGACCCAGAAGACGAGGAAGAUAGCCCACCUCAAAGAAAGAAGAGGAAGCUUCCAGCAGCGGCUCUGCAGCCAGGGCAGCAGCAACAGCAGCAGCAGCAGCCAAGGAGGAGGGGCCGACCACCCGCGAGUAAAGGAGCAGUUACAGAUUCCCAAAAAGUAGUGGAAAAAAUCGAGAGAAGAAGGAAAAAAAGUGAGCAGGAACAGGAACAACUGGAAAAAGAUAUUCAGGUGGUUAAAACAAAUAACAAACUUAAUGACAUGUGUCAUGUUAACUGUUGUAUGCUUGUAAAUCUCUUGGCAAUGAAGAUUAACCAGCACAUUGCACAAGGCGAAACUAGGAGGUUGGUUGCAUUGAUGAUUAUAGAGUAGCUGUUCAAAUGUAUGUGUAAAAGACAUAACUGCAGCUACGUGAAAUUCAAAAAUGACAUGCAGUGCAGAUAUGGACUUGUACCUUAGCAGUACGAAAAAUGACACAGCAUGACUGGUUUCUAGUUAAUUUAAUAUUUUUUCUUCGGUAAGAAUGUUUCAUAUAAAACCAAAUGAGAAAACUGGGCUUGAGGUUUGUUAAUAGUAUUACAUGCUAUUUGAGGUAGGGGUCUACUCGAACCGCUUUUGUUUUCUUUAGGAGAGAAAGGAACUGGAACAACGUGUGGACGAAGAAAUGCAAAAGCAAGAAUCAAUAAUAAGCGUAGUUGGUGGUGAAUCAAGAGCGAAAAGGCGCUGUGUUAUCAGGCGUGAGCAAAUGAGCAAGAAAAAAGAAUGGUGGGAAGAAGAGGAGCUUGGGUUCGAGUCAGAUGAAGACAAUGAAAGAGAUAUAGGUACAAAUAUCACAUCUCAACAACUUGUUCGUUGCAACUGGGGCCCUUUUCUUGAAAGGCCCGGAAACUUUUCAGGCCCAAAGGCAAAUUUUAAAAUCAAAACCUGUUGAAUAGAAGCACAGUUUCUAGCUCACGAACCAGUCAAUUUUGCUUCGUUAACUAAUAGUUUUAUUCUCUCAUUUUCAAUAUUAUUGAAACUUUGAUCUUGAAUGCAAACACGGCAUACAUAAAACAGCUUUCCGGGUCCGAAAGUGACCGGGACUUUCGAGAAACGGAUCCCUGCUCGUAAGGUGUCACCAAUUAUUUCCAUUGUUUUACGGUUAGAGUAGCAGACCAAUUGGCUUUUGAAAUGGUAAUUUUCUUUGUUUGUGUUGUCCCGGUGUGUAUCACGUGACUGAUCAACAGCAAAAGGUUAAUGACUAUCGGCCAAUGAGAAUAGAGACAAUAAAAUCCCACAAUUGUGUAGAUAUACACUAUCUGAUUGUACUAUUGAUGUGUGUACAUAUUCAUAUUUAUGAAUAUCCUUAUUUACCGCUCUGAGAGACCCUGACAGUGUUUUUUUUUCUUUAUUUUAAGAUUCAGAUAACUCAGAUGGACCCAGACGUCGAAAGAAACUAAAAUUUCCAAAGCCAGCUGAAAUGCCUGAGCCACCCAAUAGGAUUUACGUGUUUUCAACGGGUCUUGCCAACCGAGCAGCGGAGGCUGUGCAAAUUGGUAGAGUGGAAAGUAUCACUUCGUUUCACAGGGCGCAGCCAUCCAGCUCGCCAUUUCUUAAAGUUGAACAAACGAACGUUUUUGGCAAACAAAAGCCUUUCUACCCACAGCAGUACUCUAUGAGGAGUUCUGUUGGUCGUAUGGGGGGACAAAUGGCAAGUUUCUCAUCAGGGAUGACAGGUGGUAUGCAGUCAAAUGCUGUCAGGCCUGGUUACGGAACUUCUCAGUGGGAUCAGAUGCAGGCUCAACAGUCCAUGUACAAAGACAGGCAGCGGCAGACACAGUCGCAAGCUAUGGAAGACAUUCAUCAGCUCUUGUUUGGAAACCCGCACAGCAGCAACAGUCAGGCUACAUCAGGAGUGAAUGGAAUGUACUCUAGAAGUGGUUAUAACCAGCAGGGAGGGGUGGGAGUGGAACAGUCUGGUUCUUUCACUGGAUAUCCUCGAAGUGGGGCUCCCCAACAAUCAGCACCUUAUAUGGAAAGACGGACGUCUGACAUGCGCGGCCAGACUACACAGCAGUCGCAUUUUCCCGCUUUCAGUCAACAGGCAAGUCAACAGCAGCAAGGAUACUUUCACAGACCGAGACAUCUUGGAGGCCAUCCGGCCCAAGGAAAUUCAAAUUCACCGUCUUCGGAUCCCUUAGGGGCUGGAGUGCGCUCCCCACCGCCUCCCUACCCUGGCGCUCGACCACCCGACUCGAGACAUACAAAGAACAGUCCCGUACCAUCGCCAACAAAUACAGGAUCACCACACACUCCACAAACGCCACUAACACCACAAACACCACGAUUCCCUGGCCCGUCACCCAGCGAACCUAGUAAACCAACAUUCUCGCCUUCACAUCCACAAGGAAGCAUGGGUGGUCCGUCGAUGGCCAACUACCCUGUGCAAGGAGCACAGGCUGGGCAGCCUGGGCUUAAAGCUGAAGAAAGACCUAUUAACUCUCAACCUCGUCCCGGGUUUAUAGACCUAUCUAGCAAAACACUGUCACAUGGGAUACAAAAUCCAUAUUCAUCAGUGAUGGGCAAUUACAAUCAAGCUCAUUCGCCUUUAGAUCGUAGACCAGAGGAAAACAAAUCGCCGGCAUUUGGAACACAUAAUAAUCACGAAAGUCCGCUGCAUUCGCCUACCGACCGUUCACCAGCUUCUCAUUUCGCCGCCGCUUGUGGACCACCCAACAAGAGUCCAUUCAUGCGGCCGCCAGGUGGUCAACCCAACCUUAAUAACAGUACAGUAUUUGCCACAACAGGUUCUACUAUACAAGUACCAAAGUCGUUCUCGGUAGAGAGCUUGACCGCACCCAGCCAGCCACACUUGGACAGGAGUAGCAUUCCACCUUCACAGUUAUCUGAACAGCCAAUGCCUCAGUACAGCAGUCUUUAUUUUCCUUCAAAUAAAUACCCUCCCGUGUUUGGACAGCCACAAUACCAGUAUCCUGGUCACAUGCAACACCCUGGAGCGUUUUACAACUCUCAACUGACGCCCAAUAUGUACCUGGGAAGGGCUUCGCUUCCUGUGUACCCCCCAACCAGGGACGCUGGUCUUUAGUCCAAGGCGUGGUUAAGUCAGCUAAUUCUUCGCUGGUGAAACAGUGGUAAUUAUCAUAAUAUAAAAAAGCUGCCCUUUGCGGGUUUCUAACGACAAGAGCAAUCCAAGAUAGAGAUUGGAUAUUACAGCUCAACGUUGGAGAAAAUAAUUGUUCGAUAAACUGAGAUAUCCGCGAAUAGUUUGGAUUACCAUUUUGACCAAGGCAGACAAUACAGUAGAAUACAUUAAUCUGACAUUACAGAGCAUAUACAAGGAUCGUUGACAAUAAAAUACGUGUCUCGCAAGGAAGGUAGUUAUUGGUGAUGAGCAAAUUUUGAAGGUUUUCCUGUGCAUCUUUCUUCCCAUACGACUGACUUUGCAGAGUCUCCGCGGCAUCACGACAGAGAAAACUGAGUAAGCCACUUCCUAGCACGUAAAACUGUCAUGUAAACAACUUGUGCAUGUUUAUUGAGUUGUAACUCAUGUUGUGUUACCAUACAGCGAGUAUAGCAACCCAAUAACAGCUUGUAGUAGUAAAGUGGUUGUCUACCACAGUUACCAUAAUCAUGUUCAUCAAACCCGGACCAGUAGCUCAGUAUCUGCAAGGAGCAGCUAUAACGUACCGCACCAGCAUUCGGUCACUCCCUCUGUAAAGAGGGAAUGCAAGUUAAGUUGUCCUUUUAUAAAGCAGUAGUUAAAAGUAUAGAUUGAGUUAUGAACUAAACUGACCAGGCUGCGACCUCUUCCUCAUUUUUGACGUACACGAGCAAAAAAGGAAGAACAAGAGUAGCACUUUUAUUCAACACUCCACGGGAAACUUCGAAAAAGGAAGAGAUCGCAGUCUUUUGCCUAAAUCAGUUUUAUAAAUUUUAUUUCAUUUUGUUGCGUUUUAUAACUGAUUCACAGUGCACUUUGCCAGUAGGAACGGUAAACCUUACAUGUUUAUAGUCAUUUAUUUUUAACGCCCAUUUCAGCGAGUGUUAUUAAAAAUUCGGUGAGCUGUAGAUCAUUCACAGAGGGGAAAGUAACUGCAAAAAGCAUGCAGGCGUCGUUGUGUGAUAUUUUCUGAGUAACACCUUUGCUUUGCCAUUCACUCCCGAAAUGUUUUUGGUGUGCUCGUCCCUUAAAGGAAAAUUAUAGAGUUGAUUCCUUUAAUCACGUUUCCAGAUAAAUUGCAGUGUAGUGAAUUCAGUUGAGCGUAUACAAAAACUCGCGCACUUUCUCCACCAAUCAAAGGUAAAAGGAAAACUAGGCGUUGGCCGAGUGCGGCAUCUUUUUUGAUUGGCAAAAGGGCUGCAACACUCUGUGGAAAAGAACCGACAUGUGAUACCGCCCUGAGUUGAACUCCUCGUGCUGUGGUGUUUCCUCUCUUUUUAUUUUUCUGUUAAAGUAACGAAAAAGAAGAAUAAGGAUCAUUCAUAAGUGUCUGCAGUUUAAAUGUAUGAAGAUUUUGUAAACAAUGUUGGAGGGUGUUUUCAUGUUCCUCGAUAAGCUAUUUCUGUUUUGGCAUGAAAAUGAACACCUUUUUAGGCCUUCUCCAGGACCUCUUACGGGUUCUGAACUAUAGAAUCUAUUCAGGCAGAUUGUGUUAACGAAGGGGUUCUUUUAACGCGCAAGUUCCUUUAGUAGAUAACUCUGUUAGCUGAAAACGCUACUCCUGAGAAUAAUUUAAAAACGUCAAGUAACAAGCUUUCACUCUCGGAAACUUCAGAGGCAGGAGAUGAUUACUAAAUCUUAGCAGUUUCGUUUUACGCGUAUUUUUCCGCGUAUGUUGUAGCUUUGAAGUGUGCCAAAAAACGUUCUUUAGAACAUCGGAAGCACUCAGACACCAACGGAAAUUUUAUGAUUUCCGUUGGUUUUCUCUUGUCUUUCAGGAUUCCGACCGUGAGCGUCCUUGUUAACGGGAUUAAAAUAUAUGAAUUAUGAUUAGAUUAGUUUAAAGUGUUAAAUGCUAGGCAGCCUCGUUUCCAGAUUUUCCAUAUGAUAGCUAUGAUCCUACACGACAUCAGUAUUUUGGCCGCGAGGGAAAUACUCUGGAAACGAGGCUGCAACGGUAGAUUACGUUUGUUUACCAUUUACAAAUAGUUCCAGAAAGUCCGAUUGGAAAGUAAAUUUAAGACGACUUUCUGGGUCGUUCCAGCGGAAAAUUUCCAGAAACAACGGAAGAUCAGAAAAGGUAGUCCUGUAUUUCCAGACGGACUGUUCCAAACGUAACCGUCUUUGAUACCAGUCUCAAGCCUUCGCGGCCGUUUUACGAUAACUGAAACUGAUUUGCAGAUAUGGUAAACGUGAUUCCCGGACGAAAUUUUGCUUACCAUUCGCCCAAAUCGUGUUUGUCCAUGUAAAUGGUAAACAACCCGACUUCGACUGUUUGGUCAAAUAUUGUAGUGUUUUAUCCUUGGCAAACGAUGUUUGCAAACUAAGCAAAUGAAUGAAAUAACCACGCAUGCGAUCCCUCGUUCUUACAAUCCAGAAUUUGACCUAGUUACCACAUUAUUCUCUAUUUCCAUAAAAUGUUACAAGAUUUUAUAACUUCAAAGUAAUGAUUGUUGUCCCACGUGAAUCACACUCGCAUUAGAGUAACGGUCUUGGGUUUUAUCAUAACGGAGUAAAAUUCCUAAAGUUUAUAAUGUGUCUCUUUAUCAAAGUGUUUUUU